AUGCUGAAGGAGCUGCUAGGGCAUAAAAGAGACAAAGUAAGCAUGUUGUCAGCUUUCAUCGCUCCCUUCAAGCACUUAAGCCCCGGGGCCACAAACACGGAGGACGAAGACAAUCUAAGUAUCAGCAGCGCCGACGUGAAGGAAAACCGCAACGUGAGCAACCUGGAGGCCCGGCCCCUGCCCGCCGGUGACGGGGCCCGAGGUGGUGCGCCCGGCGUGAAGAGGAAGAGGCCCCUGGAGGAGGGCAACGGCGGCCACUUAUGCAAGGUGCAGCUCAUCUGGAAGAAGCUCUCGUGGUCCGUGGCGCCCAAGAACGCGCUGGUACAGCUCCACGACCUGCGUCCGGGCCUGCAGUACCGCAUGGUGUCCCAGACCGGCCCGGUGCACGCCCCCGUCUUCGCCGUGGCUGUGGAGGUGAACGGGCUCACGUUCGAGGGCACGGGGCCCACCAAGAAGAAAGCCAAGAUGCGGGCAGCCGAGCUGGCCCUGAGGUCUUUCGUGCAGUUCCCCAAUGCCUGCCAGGCCCACCUGGCCAUGGGCAGCGGCGCCGGCCCGUCCACGGACUUCACCUCGGACCAGGCCGACUUCCCCGACACGCUGUUCAAGGAGUUCGAGCCGGCCGCCCCUGGCGAGGCCUUCGCGGGCCGCCGCCCCGCCGAUGCCGGGCUGUUGCCCUCCGCCUGCCGGAGGGGACGACUGCUCUGCCACCCCCUGGACCUGGUGGGCCCGGCGCGGCCGGACAGACCCAGGCCGGGCCCCGUGGCCCUGGGUGACAGGAACCCCGUGGUCGUGCUGAACCAGCUGCGCUCCGGCCUGCGCUACGUGUGCCUCGCGGAGCCGGCCGAGAAGCAGCGCGCCAAGAGCUUCGUCAUGGCCGUGUGCGUGGACGGCAGGACGUUCGAAGGCUCGGGACGCAGCAAGAAGCUGGCCAAGGGCCAGGCGGCUCAGGCUGCCCUCCAGGCUCUCUUCAACAUCCGGCUGCCCGGCCACAUCCCCAGCAGGAGUAAGAGUCACCUCUUGCCCCAGGAAUUCGCAGACUCCGUGUCCCAGCUGGUCACGCAGAAGUUCCACGAGCUGACUGUGGGCCUGGCGUCCGCGCACGCCCGCCACAAAGCACUGGCAGGAAUCGUCAUGACCACAGGCUUGGACGUCAGGCAGGCGCAGGUCAUCGUCCUGUCGUCAGGGACCAAGUGCAUCAGCGGCGAGCACAUCAGUGACCAGGGGCUGGUGGUCAACGACUGCCACGCGGAGACCGUAGCCAGGAGAGCACUGGUCCACUUCCUGUACACCCAGCUAGAGCUGCACCUGAGCAAGCGGCGGGAGGACUCAGAGCACUCGAUAUUCGAGCGGUCCAAGGAUGGCGGCUACCGGCUAAGGGACAACGUGCUGUUCCAUCUCUACGUGAGCACAUCCCCCUGCGGAGACGCCAGGCUCCACUCACCCUACGAGAUCACCACAGACCUGAACAGCAGGAAGCACAUCGUCAGGAAGCUCCGCGGGCACCUGCGCACAAAGAUCGAGUCUGGGGAAGGGACCGUCCCCGUCCGGGGCCCUAGCACGGUACAGACGUGGGAUGGCGUCCUGCUGGGUGAGCAGCUCGUCACCAUGUCCUGCACGGACAAGAUCGCCAGGUGGAACGUGCUGGGACUGCAGGGUGCACUGCUCUGCCACUUCAUUGAGCCUGUGUACCUGCACAGCAUCAUCGUGGGCAGUCUGCACCACACCGGCCACCUCUCCCGGGUCAUGAGCCUCCGGACCGAGGACAUCGGCCAGCUGCCAGCCUCGUACCGACACAACCAGCCCCUCCUCAGCGGAGUGAGCCUUGCCGAGGCACGCCAGCCGGGGAAGUCUCCACACUUCAGCGUGAACUGGGUGAUGGGCAACGCGGAUGUGGAGGUUAUCGACGGCACCACCGGGAAGAGGAGCUGCGGGGGCUCGUCGCGGCUCUGCAAGCACGUGUUCUCGGCGCGGUGGGCGAGGCUUUAUGGAAAGCUGAGCACGCGGAUCCCGAGCCACGGAGACACGCCGUCCAUGUACUGUGAGGCCAAGUGGGGGGCGAGCACCUACCAGUCUGUCAAACAGCAGCUAUUCAAGGCGUUCCAGAAGGCCGGGCUGGGCACCUGGGUGAGGAAGCCGCCCGAGCAAGACCAGUUUCUACUGACUCUCUGA